AUGAUCAACUGCCGCGGCUGGAGCCAGCAUGUGUGCGCGCUCACCCCCGUGCCCCAGACAGCCACGCUGCCGCCCCCCACACAGAAGGGUCAGGAAGGUAGAGGCAAGCCGCUGGCUUCUGUGGGGCCCAAGGAUGAAGACCCAUGGCCGAGUUCAGCCGCCGGCCCUCGGGCUGCCCCGGGAGAGGGACCACCUCUCUCCUGCGCCGUCUCUGGAGAGAAGAAGCCGUCAGAGGCCCCUGGAGGAGGCCCAGGGGCUGAUGCUGGCUCAGGGGGACUCCACAAAGCAGGAACCCCGGCCGUGCCCCAAGCCCAGCCUCAGGAGGAAGGAGGCGCCCUCCCUACGAGAGAGGACAGGCCUGGGAGGAGGCCCUACUCUCCAGGGAAGCAGAGGGGGUCCCCCGCUGCCACUGCGGCCCCAGCAUCCUCUCCUGGGGGCGCGAGCUCCGCCCAGGCCACACCGAACCCGGUGCCGUGCGGGUCCGGCCGGGGGCCCUGCCACCUGGCCAACCUCCUCAGCACUUUGGGCCGCAACGGUCAGCACGCAGACCGGAAGAAGAGGCCGCCGGAGGUGAGCUGCCCGAUUCGGAAAAAGACUCGAACCCUGUACCGCUCAGACCAGCUGCAGGAGCUCGAGCGGAUAUUCCAGGAGGACCACUACCCCGACAGCGACAAGCGCCGGGAGAUCUCCCAGCUCGUGGGGGUCACGCCCCAGCGCAUCAUGGUAAAGGGGCUGGCGGCCGGGGGCCUGGAGGAGACCCUGCAGCUCUGGCAGAGCAGAGCAGGCACCCAGCGUGUGUGGUUCCAGAACCGCCGGGCCAAGUGGCGCAAAGUGGAGAAACUGAACGGGAAGCAGGACAAGGCCCCCCCUGCGGGCUGCGCCCCCGGCCCCGCUGCCGGGCGGUGUGGCUCUGCAGCCGAGCUCCCACCUGCCGUGCCCAGGGCCCCCGAGCCUGGCCCCUUCUCUCCGGAGCCCCCCCUGGACGUCCUCCCGGAGCCCCCCAUGCUGCUAACAUCCGACCAGACUCCGGCCCCCCUACAACAGGGCGAGGGUGCUCAGAGGGUGGUGGUGACCCCACCACUCUUCAGCCCCCCACCCGUUCAGAGGGCCAACCUGCCUUUGCCCCUGGGGCCCGUCCACGCCCCCCAAAUGCUGCCUCUGAUGCUGGAUACUCCUGGCAGGGACGGCAGCCACAAGGAUGACCCCUGUGGGUCCUGGGGGCCAAGCAUCACGUCACCGCACCCCUGCUCGUACUUGGAGGGGCUGGAUCCCCAGGACUACCAGCACGGCCACCCGCCGGCGCCCUUCCCGUUCACGCAGACGCCGCAGCCCCAGCAGCUCCAGGCCGCGCAGGCCCCGUUCCCAGACCUGCCCCCCUUCCCGUUCCCCGCGCCCAGCGGCCCCCCGCUCCCGCUGCUGGAGGACUCGCUCUUCGCGCUGCCCUACUGCGCGUCCCAGGGCCCCUUCCUGGGCAUCCAGGGUGCCCCCCCGGGGCAGGGCCUGCUGCAGCCGCCUGCUGGGCCUCUGGGUGCGGGCCCCUGGAGCGACCCCUGCCUGCCAGAGCUGCCGUUCCCUGGGCACUUCUGCCCACAAGCUGCGGGGCACCCCCAGGGCAGGGAAGGCUACUUCCAGGAUCUCUUUCCAGCUCCCUACGCAAGCAGGGAGCCAGCCCCCCGGGGACUGCGGCUCACGGAGGGAGCCGGGCCGAGAGCAGGGCCCUCGCUCGCCCAGGCCCUGGAGCCACGGCCGGCCGCCUCCCCGGAGCGGCCGCCCUCGGCCCCAGAGGCGUCCCGGGGGGACAAGAAGAGCGGCGGCCCCUAG